UUAACUGUUAAUAACAAAAUACAAAAUUUGAGUGAGAAUUAAAAGGCGCUUUUUAGCGCAUUUUUGUGCAUUGAAACAGAAGCAGUGCAAUUGAUUAGAAAGUAAAAAUUGAUUUUUAACCAGUGACCAAGUGCCAACCAGCAAACAACAAAAUGGUGCAAAAAUUCCAAUCGCCUGUGCGCGUCUACAAAUAUCCCUUUGAGCUCGUUAUGAAGGCUUACGAGCGACGCUUUCCGAUAUGCCCCCAGAUGCCCAUUGUGCUGGAUUGCGAGGUCAUCAAGGACGAGUGCCUGGAGAAUGGGGCCAAAAGGAAUACAAGUCGUCGCUGCAAGCUGGCCGUCGAUGCGCCCUACAUCUUCAAGAAACUGAUUGGCGUCGACUAUGUGUUCUUUCUGCAGCACAACUUCUUGGACAUGUCCAAUCGAACGCUGAGCAUCGAGGCGGUCAACGAGAGCUUCUCGUCGCGCAUUGAGAUCUUUGAGCGUUGCCGCUACUAUGUCCAUCCGGACAAUGCCGAAUGGACAUGCUUCGAUCAGACCGCAACGCUCGAUAUUAAGAAUUUUUUCGGGUUCGAGCAUUCCAUGGAGAAAAUGGGCAUGAAACAAUACACACAAACGACGCUCAAGGGCAAGGAGAUUAUUGAGUUUUUCAUCCGACAGCUGGAGGAUGAGGGCGUUACGCAUGUGGAACGCUGGAUGCCGCCACUGGAUGCACCCAAAUCGCCUACCACAGAACAACAUCAUGAUAUACUGCUUGAUGGUGAUUUUAUAGCACGCAAUUUGGGUCAACUAUCGCCCAUGCAGGAGUCCAAGCUGUUGGAGCUGCGAAAAAUGCUCGAUGGUGUCGAUGAUCUGGAGCGUAUGCCCAGUUAUCAGACCAUCUUGCGUUUCUUGUCAGCACGCGAUUGGCACGUCAGCCAGGCCUAUUCAAUGCUCUGUGAUUCACUCAAAUGGCGCCGUGAACAUCGCAUCGAUUCACUGCUCAAGGAAUACAGCAAGCCAGCCGUUGUUGUCGAACAUUUUCCGGGUGGCUGGCAUCAUCAUGACAAGGAUGGCCGACCCAUCUAUAUACUGCGACUGGGCCACAUGGAUGUCAAGGGUCUGCUCAAGUCCCUUGGCAUGGAGGACUUACUCAGAUUGGCUUUGCAUAUUUGUGAGGAGGGCAUACAGAAGAUUAAUGAGUCUGCCGAGCGUUUGGAUAAGCCAGUGCUAAACUGGUCGCUUCUGGUCGAUCUGGAGGGUCUAUCCAUGCGACACUUAUGGCGUCCCGGCAUUAAGGCCUUGCUCUACAUCACCGAAACCGUUGAGCGCAACUAUCCGGAGACAAUGGGCCGUGUUUUGGUCGUACGUGCUCCACGAGUAUUUCCUAUUGCCUGGACAAUUGUUAGCGCUUUCAUAGAUGAGCAUACACGCUCCAAGUUCUUGUUCUAUGGCCCAGACUGUGAGCACAUGCGGGACGGACUCGCUCAGUACAUUGAUGAGGAAAUUGUGCCAGAUUUUCUUGGUGGCCCAUGCAAGACCAUGAUACACGAAGGAGGCCUUGUGCCCAAAUCACUGUAUAAGAUGAACUCACUGGAGGAUCAUGAUGAUGAGACGCCCGUUGCGUCACGUGCUGCCUCCGCCAGCGUUGUCGAUGCGAGCAACGAGGGCAAGCGAUUGUCUGCUGCACAUCAGCAUAAUCAUAAGAAUCUCUACAAGACCAUUGAGCUAAAGCCUGGUUUUACACACGAGCUCCUCAUACGCAAUACGGAUCCAAAGAGUGUGCUCACCUGGGACUUUGAUGUUAUGCGCAAUGAUAUGCAUUUUACGCUCUAUCGCUUCACCGAAGAUCUGCCCGAGAAAAGUGAUGCGGCUGUUUCCUAUUUUGAUCUGCAGGACUUUGUGGAGGGCGCCAAUUACUUCAGAGAGGAACCAACGCUCAUUUGCCGACACAAGGAGAGUGUUCAGGGCUCGCAUGUUAUGCAUCACAACGACAGCUAUUUAAUGCACUGGUUCAGUCCUUCGGGUGCGCAUUUAAAUAUCUUCUACGAAGUGCUCAGCUCGGUUAACUACAAGGGCUCGAUGACCAGCCUACAGUCGGCCUUCUCAUCGAACUCAUCGGCGGCCAGCUCCUGCCAGAGUCGAUGAUAUGAGUCGAAUAAGCAGAGCGACGUUGAGAGGCAGGCCACAACGUCGCCCUGCGCACACGGCGUGGAUAUGGAUCAGGUUGGGUUGGAUUUGCUGUCGGGCACACUCAUGGAGAAGAGCUUGAAUCUAUUCGAUACACCGGAUAUAUUUCUUUAAGCUCGUUAUUUGCAAUCUCGUUUAGUAAAAAGUAUAGUUCGAUUUUAAUUUUAUUUUGUUUAGCACAAUUUUGCCGUUUACUUUUGUCGAAUUAUCGGUUUAUU